UUUAUUUGAAAUUGAAAUUGUAGAUGAAAAAUAUGGCAGUUGACCGCACUUAUUCCUGAAUUUCUAAAGUCGAUACACCUGAGCUGUCACCAGGGAUGGCUAAGGAUAAAUAAGAGGAAAUAAGACCUUUGAGCCCGAUGAUCUCUCCUUUUAUCCCGUAAACUCAGAAGAUAUUCAAAAUGAGUUUCUUAAUAAUUUUUCAGAACAAAAUCAACUUACAAUUAAGGAUCUAAUUAGGGGGAAAGACGGAGAAGAGUAUAAUGUUAAUGAGAUCUUAGAAAGCUGUAAAGGUUUCCAAUCAAUGCUAUUCCUAACUCCUCCUAAGAUUAAUGAGAUGAAAUCAUCAUCCCCAUCUCCAUUGAUUGAUAUAAUGAAAUCUCUGAAUGACAUCUUAUCGACAGAUGAAGAAAAAUAAAUAAAGUUUUACACCCAGAUUUGAUAAAAUUAUUAGAAGUUACUCCUAUCCAGCUGAAAGAUAGCGGUCCAAAAACUUUUGAAGCUAAGAAAAGUAGCCGAAAUAUUUCAAGCCUAUUUGAAACUGGAAAGAUUAAUAAUAAUAUUUCUACAAAUAAAACUUUAGUAGGCCCUGGUAAAUAAUGGUCCUAACUCAUCAAAUAAGUCAAUGAUAAAAUUUGGAGAUACGAGUAGACCCCAUAGAAGUGCACAUUUUAAUUGGACUCCAAGUGCAUCAGUUGUGGCUAAGAAUAGGCCUAUUAUUGAUAAAAAGUUCAACUUUGAAGAACAAAAAUGACCAAAGAAACCUAGAGGACCCGAUCCUAUUUCUCAGAAGAUUCAGGAGAAAUGAAGCAAAGAAGAAAUGAACAAUAAUCCAGACGAAAAUCAUAAAAAUACUAUUAAGGAAGAAACAAAGGAUUCUUCUGAAGUAGAAAGGAAAGGAAGCAAUGCUAGUGACAAUCAGAAACACAAAGGUUGCAAUAAUGAUAAAGAAAACAUAAACUGCCUAAAGCCCCAAGCUAGAUCUAAAGCUAGAGCUGGAUUUAGUUUCCCUGAAGGAGGCUGGGUCUGCUCUUUUUGACAAAAUUAUAACUUCUAUGGAAGAAUUAAGUGCAACAGGUACGUUGAUGGAAAGCCCCAACAUAUAAUUAGAAAAGAAACUAAAAGGACUAAAAAUGAUGAAAAUAAUAUGAACAAGAUGAACAAGAAAAGAAAGAAUAAACCAAAGAAGAACAAUCAGAAUAAGGAAGUUAACCCUAGUGGUGACCAAUCAUUGCAAGGAGAUUCAAAGAGUGCUCAGAAUUCUAAAUCUUCAAAAGGAGACUGGAUUUGUUUCACAUGAAGCAAUUUAAAUUUCUCUUUUAGAAAAAUAUGUAAUAGAUGCCAAAUACCUAGAGAAGAGUCUGACUCUCAAUAUGCAUCAUUACAAGUAAGUUCAAUGUCAAGUUGACAGCCACAUAUUGGAUUCGCUUUUCCAGGAGCUUUCACCAGCUCUUUCUCCAAUAUGUCUGCAUUUCCUCCGCAUGACCAGGAGGAAAAUUAGCAGAAAAGUUAAUUCAAAUUUUCAUAUUUCAAACACCAGAUAAUUCA